AUGGAAAACAAUGAGUUUGAAAAUAGUGAUAAUGAAACAAAAGCAAAAGAAAAUUCAUCCGAUGAAUCUAGUGAUACAACUUAUAAAAAUCGAUUUCGUUUUAAAAAAAAUUCUAUUCAAAUAAAAAAAAAUAGUUUAUUAAAAAUUAAAAAUAAAAAUAAUAAUUUAGAAGGAACAACAAUAAAUGACUCAACAUUAAGUAACCCUGCCCAACCGAAUAAUAAGGAUGAUCAAAUAUCGUCUACCAAAAAUAAUGUAGUAACAAAUACCAUACCAAAUGAUGGGUUAGAAAAUGAUUCUAUAAAAAAAAAUGGAAAAGAAUCACCAAAUCAAAAAGCUAGUGUAGGAUUUACCAAACUAGUAUCUAUACAACAAAAAAAUAUAAAGAAUGCUGAUGAAAAUGUUAGAAGCCAAAUAAAGAAUGAUAUAAAAAAAGAAAAAAAUGCGUUAAUAAAAAGUAAGCAGUUUGAUGAGUUAAAUACAAACAUCAAAAAUGUUCAUGAAAGUAUUUCUAAUCAAACUGUUAAUAAAAAAAAUGAAAUUCAUAAAAACUUUUUAAAAACUAAACAAAAUUUAGUAAAUAAUAACACAAAUCAAAUUGAUGCUCAAAAUAAUUCAACCGAAGUAACAAAUUUUGAUACAACAACGGACAAAAGUGAUGAAUCCCCUUUAUCCCUCCUUAAGAAGCAUGGGAAAUUGAUAAAAUAUAUUAAUGAAAUACACAUGACCAAUUCAGAAGAAAUCAUAAAUCUUCGAAACGAAUUUUUAACUAUAAAAAGCGAUCUUAAUAAAAUAAUGAACAUAAUAAGUGUUAGUCAAAAAGCUGUUUCAUCUUUAAAAUAA